AUGCCAUCACAAAAGAACUUGCGGAAAAAAUUUCGUCGUUUUGAACAGAAGAAGAACAACAUCUCAGUCGUAGCAAGAUUUGAUUUUGUUCGGAAGGUAGCAGAGAAAUGGGGAAAGGAACUGCAAAUGGCUCGGACCAGCGAUCCCAACGGUGGCUCCGGAGGAACAGAGCAGUUCAUUGUUCAUGUUGCCUUCGGUGACGUUCCUUAUAUUGUACUUGGUGCCAAAGGAAUUGGAAGAACCCCUGAAGAAGCGGAGUCGAAUAGCGCAUGGAAUCUAAUGUCGUUUUUCUAUGGAUACUUGAGCAGGACCACAAUGCAAUCUCUGCGUAAAAAAUGGGCAUCCGCCGAUACCGAGAUAGAUGAAGUAGUCCAUGUUUGUCGUAAGAUUGAGGAUGCUCUAAGUUCGGAACAAUUCUGUCAACUCAAAACGGUGCCGAUUCUUGAUGUGAAUCCACCUGAAAAAGCGUGGGCACGGCAGCUCCGUUUAGAAUUGCGCAAAGCUUAUGCAAAGGAAAGACGUCAAAUUGCAACAAAGAAUUCACCAUCAACUCCAGCUAGCAGCACUAUAUUCACUCAGCAAGCACAGUCGGGUACAACGUUGAAGAGAAAGCUGUGCCAUAAUAUUGUUACCGACACUGUAGAUCCCGAUAUGCCUCUCCCCAAAAAGAGGAAUAAGGCCUGUCAGGCAGUAAGUUUGGAGAACGGUUGCUUGGAAUUGGAUUGGGCAGACGAAUGCGAUGAAGAUGGACUUCACUUCACAUACAUAUCUCCUUUGUCAACAUCUAACUCCUCUUCUCCGAGUGUUGUAUGCUUAGACAACGAAGAUGAAGAGAUCGGAAAUGGUUGCGAACCUUCACCUUCGUUUUCAUCACAGGUAUUUGACCUUUUUCGGUUGGGCAUUGACAGUAUGCUGGACAGCAGCACCUUUCGUGCGACGGGACCCGUGUUGGAAAGUGCGAAGCCUUCUUUGAACAUUGCGAGCUCUGCGAAUUCUUCAGUAUGUGGUCCUUCUCUGCAAAUUGUUGGAAAACAAGAUCCUUGUAGAGAUUCUGACCCAUCCCUAUCAUUUGAACAAGAUUCAAUUGGAGUACAUUUCAAUUCUGCAGCAACUCCUCUAGCGAGCAUAAUCCGUCUUUAUAGGGAAAAGUAUCCCAACGACUUCAAAGUGCUAGACGACGAUAUAUGGAGGCAUUAUGAGCUGAAUAGACAGACAGACGAAGUCUACCAAUGGAAGAUGGAAGUCAGGAAUAUUUUCCUGACGGAGUUUCGACCUGCAUUUCCUUAUCAGACUAUUGAGCUAUUCGCUGUAGGAUCGACAGUGAAUGGUUGCGGGAGUUAUAAUUCAGAUAUGGAUUUGUGUCUUUGCAUACCUAUGGGAGUUGAAAAUAUGUAUUCUUCGGAAAGAAUAGCUGCUGUGAAAAUUCUUCGUAGACUUAAUACGAUCAUCAAGGGGAAACCUUCACUUCGCAAGAUAGUACGGAAGAGUGAGGUAAUUCCUGCGAAGGUUCCAAUAAUCAAAAUGGCUUUGCAUCCUCCAUACGAAGAGCUGGACUUAGAUGUUAAUAUCAACAAUACUGCUGGUAUCUACAACUCACAUCUCAUUCACUACUACUCGUUAUUAGAUCAACGAUUUCCUGCGGUAUGCCUCAUAGUUAAACACUGGGCAAUCACAAAUGGAAUUGGAGAUGCUGCUACCGGUUCUUUCAAUAGCUACUCUCUCAUCCUUCUUGUACUGCACUAUUUCCAGUGUGGAGUACAACCAGCUGUGCUACCUAAUCUUCAACACGUUUAUCCCGAUGUAUUCGGAUGCACACCUCCACUUCGAGAACUGAAACUAUUUCAAACGCUACAACAUUUGCCUAGUAAGGACAAAUUUCUCCAGAGUGAAAGACCGCUGAACAAACAAACAGUUGGAGAGCUUUUGGUUGGCUUCUUUCACUACUAUUCAACAUUUGACUUCGAAAAUAUGGCAAUCUCCAUUCGAAAUGCCUGCGUUUUUUCGAGAAAUGAACUGAAUCCAGACACAUUUGUGUUCCGCGUAUUCAUUGAGGAACCGUUUGACAGGAACAAUACUGCGAGAUGCGUUACAAAACCAUACGUGAUGGAUCGUAUCCAGCGCGCUUUUCAGCAAGCCAGAGACGUAUUUUCGAAAAAUUGUCCCUCUCUUCAAAGGAUUAAGGUUACAGUUUAG